AUGGAACAACCGAUUCCACCUUAUUUAUUCGCCUUCGCGGCUGGAGAAAUUGGGUCUAGGGAAGUGGGCCCCAGGACCAAGGUGUUCGCAGAGUCAGUCCCUGCUGUUCUUGAUGCUGCAGCAAAGGAGUUCGCAGGUACUGAAGAUAUGAUUAGGGUUGGAGAGAAGCUAUUUGGGGAUUACGAUUGGGAGAGGUUCGAUUUACUGGUUUUGCCUCCUAGUUUUCCUUAUGGUGGAAUGGAGAAUCCGCGGAUGGUGUUUUUGACUCCUACUGUAAUCAAAGGAGAUGCUAGUGGUGCCCAAGUUGUAGCACAUGAACUUGCUCAUAGCUGGACUGGGAAUCUGAUCACCAACAAAACUAAUGAUCAUUUCUGGUUGAAUGAGGGAUUCACAACUUAUGCAGAAAGAAGAAUAGUCGAGGCUGUUCAAGGGGAAGACAUAGCUGCUUUGAAUAUUGGAAUUGGGUGGAAAGGUUUGGUUGAUGAAAUGGAAAGGUUCAAAGAUAAAACCGAGUUCACAAAACUCUUAACUAAUCAAGAAGGUGUAGAUCCAGAUGAUGUAUAUUCUCAAGUUCCAUACGAGAAAGGGUUUCAGUUUCUAUGGCGCAUUGAAAGACAGAUCGGAAGGCCAGCUUUUGAUGAGUUUCUAAAGAAGUACAUAGCUGCAUUUAAGUUUCAAUCGAUUGAUACGUAUAUGUUUCUUGAUUUCUUGAAAGUGAAUGUUCCUGGAAUUGAGAAAGAGAUUGAUUUAAAGAUAUGGACUGAAGGCACUGGUAUUCCUUUUGAUGCAAUGGAGCCAGUUUCUAAUAUCUAUAAAAAGAUAGUUUCAUUAGCAAAUGAAUUUAAGCAAGGUAGGAUGCCAAGUGAGGAAGAAGUUGCUAAUUGGCAUGGACAGGAAUGGGAGCUUUAUUUGGAAAAUCUCCCUAAAUCUGUUGAAGCUUCACAGGUUACAGCUUUGGAUUCUAGAUACAGGCUAUCAGAAUCAAAGGACUAUGAGGUGAAAGUAGCAUUCCUCCAACUAGCUAUUGGUUCAAGAUGCAGUGAAUAUUAUAACAUUGUGGAGAAAACUUUAAAGGAAGUAGGGAGAAUGAAAUACCUUCGGCCAUUGUACACAGCACUUGUGCAAGGGAAUGUGAAGAAAGAAGAAGAGAAGAUAUUUGCACAAAGGGUUUUCUCAGAAGCUCGUGAAACUUAUCAUCCGAUAGCUCAAGGUGUUGUGGAGUCUAUUCUUUCCAAGCAUCUCUAAUCAUAUCAAUUAACCAAAAACUUUGACUUGUUACUUUUCAUGAAUUGAUAUGUGGUUUGUUUCUAACUUUAUGCUCAAGUUUGUGGAUGUGUUUUUCAAUUAUUUUUCUUGGUAAUUUUGCAUAUGGAAAUAAGUUUUGCCAUAUUUAAUUGGGUCACACAUUAAUUUUUCUCAUAAUAAAAGAUCUAG